CCGCGCUGGCCCGGCGGGAGGGAGCGCAGGGCAGCCGCGCGGGAGGGAGGACGGCGGCGACGCUCGGGUCUCUGGAGAGUCAGUCAGCUGGACUCCCGAUAAGCUUCCUGAGGAACUCUUUCUAGAAGCAGCAUUAGGGAAGACAGAAGCCCCCUCUGGACUAGUACAGCCCCUGCCAGGCACUACUGCGGCCAUGCCGAAAAGGAAGGCAAAAGGAGAUGCCAAGGGCGACAAAGCGAAGGUGAAGGAUGAGCCUCAGAGGAGAUCGGCUCGGCUGUCGGCUAAGCCUGCCCCUCCCAAACCAGAGCCCAGGCCUAAGAAGGCCCCUGCAAAGAAGGGGGAGAAAGCGCCCAAAGGGAGAAAGGGGAAAACAGAGAGUGGCAAGGAUGCGAACAACCCUGCAAAAAACAGAGAUGCCUCCACAGCCCAGUCACAGAAAGCAGAAGGCGCCGGAGACGCCAAGUGAAGUGUGCUUUUUGGAUAGCUCCGUACUUAUAGUGACUCUGCGGUUUGAAAUACUAUUUUUUUUUUAAUCGAGUUUUAUAAAAUGUAGAAUUUUUUUUUUUUUUAAGUUAUAUUGUUAGCACACAGAACACUUUGUUGUCGUCAUUUGUGGAAAGGGCAAAUACCACUAAUAGAAUGUCUCAGAAGCUGGAUUGAAAUGGGGGGAAAACAGGAUUUUAUAUGGUUGUUGUUGGUUAGUCUUGGUUCCCAGAAGAGCUUCUCUGACAGUCACACAUGUCAGCCCCUUUGGCUCAGAAGCCUUAGAGUGUAAGGAAGCAAACUCAUGUCUUCUCUUUUCCCAAUGCCAUCAACAUAGACUUGACUUCCUGAAACCAAGGCCCAUUAUGUGGUGUUGGGUCCCCUAAAAUCAGCUGUGUCUGUGCCCUCAAGCUUUCCAGUGGUGACUUUGAGGUAGUGUUGUUCAAAAGAGCCAAGAUUCCUGUUUGUAGUUUGUGAAUCAUCCCACUAAGGUACUUCAGUUUUUAGUUCAUUUCCUCCACAUCAGAGUUGACCUAUGAGCAGCUCUUACAUUCAUGCAAAAUGUCCACCCCUGCUGAAAACUUACCCUGUUCACAACAGCUGCAGCAGAAGACUUUGCUGACUUUUGGGGAAGGGGAGUUUGGAAGUUGUAAAAUGUUAAGGAUUGUCAUUGAGAUCCUGUUGGAAGUUACUGCUUCUGAAAAGUGUCUUCUAAAACUGGAUACAAGUUGGUGGUGAGAGAGAUCAUUUCCUAUCCAAAGUCCUGAAGAAAUUCUUUAUUGCCUUGUAAAAGUUCUGUAGUUUUGCUUUUCAUGUUUGCCUUUUGUCUUCCCCAAACUGAUUUUUGUGAAAAGUGUGAAAUAGAGGUACAAUAUUUUUUUCCAUAUGGGUAAGUGAUUAUCCCAGCACCAUUUUCUGAAGUUUCACUACCCAAUGAUUUGUAACACUGACAUUUUCAUAAACCAAGUGUGUGUGUCUAUUUUGACGCAUUGGUUAAUCUCUUUUACUUGUGGCAUUACUAUAAAAUCCUGAGUGCUACAACUUUAGAAAAAGGUUUGGAUAUCUCAGGAUAAAUCCCAUCUCCCCUUCUAACAUCAUCACCAAAUUUUUCCUCCUGGGGAGCAUCUGAGCUGCUCUUAGCCAUUUGCUCUUACAUACAGCUUCUAGAAUUACAUAGUCAAAUUCUAAAUCAAACAAAAAACAAGUUGGAAUUUCUAUUGGAUUUAUAUUGACUUUCUAGAUUAAUUACAAUAUUAAGGCCUCCAUAUUAUAGCUCUCCAUUUAUUUAGGCUUUUUAAAUGUCUUUCAAUAAAGUUUUAUAAUUUUCUCCAUAAAUGCUGCCUUUUGUUAAUAUU